UGAGCGAAUUCUGAUUAUUGUUUGCUCUUUUAUUUGAAAACAAAUAUAAAAUGUGCAUUAUGCCAAAAAUCAAUCACUUGUUUUUGGAUGUUGGUGAGUACGGCAGACGGAAGACACCAACAUGCAGAAGAUCUUGCUUCUAUUAGUAGCAGCAAUUCUGCUGUCAGCUUGCAGUGCUUCGGCCUUGAAUGGCAACGAGGUUGCUGUUCAUGCUGAUAAUGAUGAUAUGGGUGGGAACGAGGUCUCUUUUGAAACCUCUGGAAACAACGAAGAUGAAGAAGAGGUUGAUGACGAGAACGAUCAAGCUUCUGCUCAAGAAAAGAAUAGAAAAAUGCUCGAAGCUGGCACAAAGCUCGCUACCAUUAUUAGUUCAUUAAUUGGCUUGGCUGGUGCUGCGCCUUGGCAAAUGAAAUGGCAAGAACUAGGGCUCAAGUCAUAACCUCCAUGAAGGAAAUGUUACGAAAGAGAUACAAUCAGCUAAUGGGGACGAAAUAUUCUUACGAUCGAGUGAAUUAUCCUUGCAAGAAGAAGAAGGCACACAAGUCCAAGAAGGAAAGUGCAAAACGACGACUUGGAUUUGGCGGUAGAAAAACAGAAUGCGUCUCUAUUGAUCGACUAUUGACUUGGGAAGACGGCCUAAGUGGCAAGAGCUUCACCGUCAGAAAACGAUCCAAAGGUUGGAUUGGCGACAGCUGGAGAACAAAGUUCAAUAAAAUCAGAGAUGAUAGUGUCGAGUUCUUGUGGAAAGAGGUGGUGGACAAGGUCAACCAAUUCUUCGAUCCUGAAAUCUGCCUAGAAUCCUUAGGAUGCAACUGCCCAUCGAAAAUCCAGAAGAGUGAGAUAUCUUUCAGCUUCCCUGAUGCAUGCAUCGCUGAUGGCGCAGAUGGGACGUGCAUGCACCCAUGUGAUGACUUUGAUUACAGUUACGAAUGGUGCUACAUCAACCGUAGUCCUGACCAGUGGAGCUACUGCACAAAGCCAGACCUGAACGACUGCAUGCCAGUCAUGGUGCCACCCAUCACCUACCCUAAUGUUUUGCCAAAGCAAAAGUCAAGCAAUUGAUUAAAUAUGAUAAUAUUUACUGAUGCAUUCACAGUUAUAUGAGUAAUUCAUCCUCUGUGACAAAUUGUUGUCUUCUUGUUGUUCUUUCCAACAAAUAUAAAUAAUUUUGAAAAUAAGACUGAAAAUGAAUCUCUUCCAAAAUAAAGGUCCAGUUAAAAGAAAAAGUUAAUUGUUGGUUCCCUGUCAUAUAUUGAC